GCAGAAUUCAUUGUGCAUCGUUUUUCUUUGGUGCUUCACGUUUCCUGUGGGUCGUUUGUCUGCGUCUGAGUUAAUUUCACUUCACUUUCAGAUCAUCUUCAUGUUCAUCGUCAUUUUCAUCGGCAAUAAAAGAGAUCAGGCGUACCGCGCACGGUGUUUCAAAAAUCAAGGUGAUCUCUUUUGUUUUUCGAUGUAGCUCGCCGACGGAAAAGAAAGAUCCUGCUGUCAGUUUUUUGGUGACUAAAGACCUUUUCCGUUGGUAGAACGACGAAGCAAGCGGCAGGAAAAGUGAACUUCUAUCGGCCUUCUGUUUUGCGUUUUGUCCCUGCUUCCUUUGGGUGAAAGGUUUCGUUUUCAACUGUGUUGCAGAACCUGCAACGCCGGCCCAGGCUGACGCAAUCGUCCCAGUGCUCGACGCUGCGAGUGGACCUUGUGCAUCAGCGUAUCAAUAAGCACUAUAGCCGACGACAAAGAUGAGCUCUACUGCGUCGCGUCACUGGUUUGUCUACGCGUUCGUUUUGCUUCCGCUGACGUAUCUACUGUUUGACGCCGAGCGGUUGCAGAGUUGGAAUUUGUCGAAACUCUCCCUUGAGGAAGGCCUGGUCGACUUUUCCUGGGCCCAUUUUUCCCUGCGAAGACCAGAAUCCCAACCACCUCCGGACCAUGUGCCACCUCUGGAAUCGCGUGAUGGGGAUCAUCCGCAGCUCGGCCAGGCAGCCGAGGAAGCGGGUUCCGCGAGAAGCGUAAUCCGAACGAAGCCGCUACCGGUAUUGGGGAACGACGGUGAAGUCGCUGCUGCGGCGAAGGGACGACAAAUAUCCCUGACGCCACUUGCGAGUGUGGACGCGGGCGACGACGACUCUUCUGCAACAGAGUUUGAACCAUCAGAAGCAAUAGGUAAAACAGAGACGAGUAGGAGCGUAGGACCGAGGAACCCACUGUCUUUCACGGGGCUGCACUUUGAUGAUGGCCCAUAUCAGCACCAGAACCGACCCGCCGAAUCCGCUGCAUCGCGAGAUAACUACUGCAAGUUGCUGGCGCAGGCGAGCACCUAUGGCUUGAUCGACUUCUCCAUCUUCGAUUCGGACUACUGUUCGAAGCCAGAUCCGUCCGCAAGCGCCAAUGCCAUGAUCGACACAAACAGUAUCGACUGCACCCGUCUCAUGGAAUUUCUUUACCUCACGCGCGGCAGCACGAAGAAACAAAUCCUUCACGAAAAGGAGCUGCUGAAGCGGGUAAUUUUUUGAAGCAUUCGUUUGAAGAGCUUACGCUGAGGACAAACUAAAAAUAUGAGAUCGCAAGAAUUGCAGCAAGAACUACAAUGUUGAGAUGAAAGACAACCGCAUGUUGAUCGAAACGCCGCCAACGACCUUUUUCAGGAUGCCUCCGAUCCCGAAUCGGGCUACCCAGUAGUGAUGUACGUCAAUCGAGUGGGCAUGUUUGUCACCGCCCACGCACACAUUGUGGGCGCGAUCAUUUCGCAGCGAGACGAAUGCUUCUCCGAGCAAGUGCGCUUGCUCUUCGUCGUCAACUUGCGCAGGUAAGAACUGGCCUGGUAUUGGGAGGCUGGCAUUUUUUGGACGUCAAUUAUGUGACGAGGAUGGACGAAUUUGACAUGCAUAAACACAGCAGCGAAACACACCUCGUUUGCGUUUGGAAAAAGAUUCUGCUUCAAUUUCUUGUCAGGUUCAAAACCCUAGUGUCGGAGCAGUUUCGCAUCGUGUGGCUGGCCUACCAAGGUGUGGACAAGGAAGGUUACUGCAUGACAGAAAAGUGCACCAAGCGCGCCGCGACCUUCCCGGAGGUUGUUGAGAACUGGACGACGAGGGUCACGAAGCUUUUGGAUAGCGACUUGAAAACCUUCAAGUCAGUGUUGGAAACCUGGCGGCCACCUCUCCCCGAAGAAGCGCACUUCUACUCGCACGAGACUGAUGGACGGUGAGAUAAGGGAAAUUGCACACUGUCAUGUGGCCUUCUGAUCGUUGCUUUACAAUGCUCUAGGUCGGCAAUAGCCAUGAUCAUGAAUGGUUGUUGAUUGAAAAUGAUUAUCGUGUCCUUGGCUGCGGAAUUUUUUAUACAUGCUACUGCUCCAGGUUCACCACCCUUGAGAUGCUCCGUCGUGCGACCUUCAACGAAUGGUUUGUGGAUACAGGCAUGCUCCGGGCGGCUCUGCGGAGCGGCGUCUUUCCCGUUGGUUCCACGGUGGCGGACCUCGGCGCCGGGACGGGAGAGUACGCACGCUGGCUGAACGAUACCGGGUUGGUGGACGCGUUUUCCUUCGACGGCAGCGCAGACAUCGAGUUGCUCACGAAAAAGAAAGUCAAGCACUUGAACUUGGUACGAAUUGCCGCAGCUUUGCGUUGCUCUCAAGAUUAUUUCUUCGCGUUGUACACGAGAGAAGGGAGGCCACAUUUUAUGCAGUUAUACGUGUUAAAAAUCGUAAUGACGCACACACUGCGUCGAAACUGAAUGCAACUGUUUUAUUUGCCAGGUUACCUCCAUCCGCCGUCCGCUGAAGCACAACUGGGUUCUCCUUCUGGAAAUCUGCGAGCACAUCCCGGCGGAGUUGCACCCUAUCUUCUUCCAGAAUGUCGGCGGUUUUGCUGGCGACGGAAUUGUGCUCAGUUGGGCGCCCCCACAGGUGCCCAACAUCGGACACACCAACCCGCUCCCGGAGCAGGACGUGCGGCAGGUCCUGCAAAAGUUCUUGCCACUCUUCUCCGUGGAUCAGGAGGCUACGCAGCUCUUACGGGCGCACAGUCAAGUUGGUAAAAAUGCGAUAAAGACAUAGCCUGAAGAUCUUCUACGACUUUGUAGCAGGGGUUAGGGUAUGAGUUUGUUGCCACCGCUAUCAUGAUAGUCUUUUGUUUGUUGCAAGAGUGAGAAAAGUCACACAACACCCUGCUAAUCAGGUUGGCUGAAAAACACCCUAACUGUUCUUCGCCGGUAUCCGGAGAACCUGCUGGCAGGGCUGGAGCCGACUUGUUAUGCGGAGGAGCAUGUAAUGUUCGCCGGCGAGGACGAUGCCGUGCUGGAACAGACCGACGCGCCGCAGACCUGCUGCGACGCUUGCCGGCAGAAUCCCGACUGCCGCUACUGGGUCUGGUCGCACUCCCAGAAAACCUGCUGGCUCAAACGCACGAAGGUGUACCAAACAGAGGAAAAGGGCUUUCUCAGUGGGACCAAAGACCCGCAGGCUGGCGGGAACGCAGGAGACUUGUGAAGAAAGACUGUUAUGUGGACGAAGGUAAAGUAGAGCUAGCACGUGGCUCCUGCUCUCACGAAUGCUAUCAUAAAGAACAGAAAGAAUAUCUCGCUCUAGAGUUCUUGCACAACGACAUAGUACGAGAUUGAAGUGAAAGCAAACAAGUGACGAAGAUGUCCGUCUUCCAUGGGUUCCCUCGUGCGAUGGAAUUUUCCGCGAAUCCUUGGGCUGUUCCACCGUGGCCACACACGACAGUAAGGAGAGAAGAGCGCCUGCCUCUUGAGGAAUUCCAG